CUAAACACCAUAAGCUGAUGACAUUAUGGCUAUGGCUUUGGCAAUCAUGCUGUUUUGCUCUCUAAUUGGAGUUUUCGCCGACGGGGUCAGCGGCCGUGCGACGGCAUCCUUUGUGUUCGGAGACUCUCUCGUAGAUGCCGGAAACAAUAACUUUCUUCAGACGCUGUCGAAGGCGGAUAUAAGGCCGAACGGGAUUGAUUUGGCCGCCUCCGGCGGGGAGCCGACCGGUCGGUAUACUAAUGGGAGAACUAUUGCAGAUAUUGUUGGAGAGAAAUUGGGACAAGUGAGCUUUUCACCCCCAUUUCUGGCUCCAAACACAACUGGAAGAUCUAUAUUGAAUGGAGUAAAUUAUGCUUCUGGCGGAGGCGGAAUACUGAACGGCACAGGACAGAUAUUUGUAAAUAGACUGGGGCUGGAAAUCCAGGUUAAUUACUUCAACAUAACCAGGCAUGAAAUAGACAAAAUAUUGGGGAAAUCCGAAGCAAAGCUAUUUUUUAUGAGGGAUGCCAUAUUCUCAGUGACCAUAGGGUCCAAUGAUUUUCUUAACAAUUAUCUCUUCCCCUUCCUCUCUGCUGUGGUGAGAUUAAAUGAGACUCCUGAUGCCUUUGUGGAUCAACUCAUCAACACCCUUCGAACCCAACUCACCAGACUAUAUACAUUGGAUGCUCGAAAAUUCGUGAUUGCCAACGUCGGGCCCAUCGGGUGCAUUCCAUACCAAAGAAGCAUAAACAGGCUGACAGAGUCGGAAUGCGUCAGCCUCCCAAAUGAGCUCGCGAGACAAUACAAUGUCCGCCUAAGAGACCUGCUCUCCGAGCUAAAUGAAAAUCUCCCCGGCGCCAAAUUCUGCCUUGCAAAUGUAUAUGACCUUGUCUUCGAAAUCAUCACAAAUUAUCAAAGAUAUGGAUUCAAGACUUCGAGCUCCGCGUGUUGCGGCAAUGGAGGGAAGUUUGCGGGAAUCAUUCCGUGCGGGCCGACGUCGACAAUGUGCGAUAAUCGAUCCGAAUAUGUGUUUUGGGAUCCGUAUCACCCGAGCGAGGCGACGAAUUUAAUAAUCGGAAAGUAUCUGGUGGAUGGAGACUCCAAGUAUAUUUCUCCCAUGAAUCUGAGGCAGCUUAUAAACCUUUGAUAUUAAAAUCAAAUAGCUUAAUUUGUAAUUGGGAGAUGAAUGACAUGCCAUUUAUAGUAAUAAUGGAGAACUUAGGCUUAGAUUGGGAGUUUAAAUGAAGUCUAGUGUGUUGAAAAAUAUUAAAUGGUGAUAUAUCUAUUGUAAGCAACAUUAAUUAUUUUUUUUUUGCUUCAACUUUAAUGUUAAUAGGUAGAUGUGAUUCUUUUCAGGAAAUGUUU